AUGUCUGGACUUUCACCGCUCUUCAUUUCAAUCGCCUUGAUGUGGCUCCAAGAUUCAAAUUGUGCGAGUUUGCCCGAGAAAUCGGAAAACCGUGUAGCCGUCGGGGAUGAAAGUUUGGGAACGGAAGAUGUCUUCCGCGGAUUGGAAGAUGAAUUGACGCAAAAAAUUGUCGAGCGAUUGUUUGCCAAGUCAACGAACGACGGGUCAACCGGAAGUACAGGAAAAGCAGCCGUCACUAAUUCCCUGAUAUCGGAAGCGCUUCGAAACGCCGUGAAGAAUUUCACGGAGAACGUAAUUGGCCGAGAUGAAUUAAAAUUCGUCAGAAGUUCUCACAGCGAUCCUAAAUUUUUCUCCGACUGGGUUGACAAAUUUUUCGAACUUGUAUCAACGGAAGUUCCCCACGAUCCGGUCGAUUUCGAAAACCCAACAACUAUGAACAUCAAUUUAAGCGGCGAUACGAAAUCAAAUUUGCAGGUUUAGAACAAGA